UCUUACGGCGGUGGUGGAUACGGCUCCCGCGGCGGCGGCGGAUACUCAAAUGGCUAUGAUCGUGGUAGCAGCAACGGCUAUGGCGGAGGCGGUGGUGGUUACGGAGGCGGCUCCAACGGCUACGGUGGAGGUGGAGGUGGCUAUGGCGGCGGUGGCUACGGCGGCGGCGGCGGCGAUCGCAUGUCCAACCUGGGCGCGGGCCUGCAGAAGCAAAACUGGGAUAUGAACUCUCUUCCCAAGUUCGAGAAGUCUUUCUACAAAGAGCACCCCGAGGUCGCUGCCCGGUCUUCCGCCGAGGUCGAAAAGUUCCGAAGAGACCACUCCAUCGCCAUCCAUGGCAACGACGUUCCCAAGCCUGUUGAGACGUUUGACGAGGCCGGGUUCCCGAGAUACGUUAUGGACGAGGUCAAGGCCCAGGGAUUCCCCGCGCCCACUGCUAUUCAGUCGCAAGGUUGGCCCAUGGCCCUCUCUGGUCGUGAUGUCGUCGGUAUUGCUGAGACGGGUUCGGGCAAGACACUUACCUAUUGUCUUCCUGCCAUCGUUCACAUCAACGCCCAGCCUCUCUUGGCUCCCGGCGAUGGUCCUAUCGUCCUGGUCCUCGCCCCCACCCGAGAGUUGGCCGUUCAGAUCCAGCAGGAGAUGAGCAAAUUCGGCAAGUCCUCCCGCAUUCGCAACACCUGCGUCUACGGUGGUGUGCCAAAGGGCCCUCAGAUUCGUGACCUCUCCCGCGGCGUGGAAGUCUGCAUUGCGACCCCUGGUCGUCUGAUCGAUAUGCUCGAGGCUGGAAAGACCAACCUGCGCCGUGUCACGUACCUGGUGCUUGACGAGGCAGACCGCAUGCUGGAUAUGGGUUUUGAGCCCCAGAUCCGCAAGAUUAUCAGCCAGAUCCGGCCUGAUCGUCAAACUCUCAUGUGGUCUGCCACCUGGCCCAAGGAGGUCCGCGCCCUCGCCAAGGACUUCCUUAACGACUUCAUUCAGGUGAACAUUGGUUCCAUGGACCUCUCUGCCAACCACCGUAUCACCCAGAUUGUCGAGGUUUGCAACGAGUCUGAGAAGCGUGACAAGAUGAUUCGUCAUCUGGAGAAGAUCAUGGACGACAAGGAUAACAAGAUCCUCAUCUUCACUGGCACGAAGCGUGUCGCCGAUGAGAUCACUCGUUUCCUCCGCCAGGACGGCUGGCCUGCACUGUCCAUUCACGGUGACAAGCAGCAGAACGAGCGUGACUGGGUUCUCGACCAGUUUAAGACUGGCAAGAGCCCUAUCAUGGUGGCUACUGACGUGGCUUCCCGUGGUAUUGAUGUGCGCAACAUUACUCAUGUGCUCAACCUUGACUACCCGAACAACUCGGAGGAUUAUAUCCACCGUAUUGGUCGUACUGGUCGUGCUGGCCAGAAGGGUACCGCCAUUACCUUCUUUACCACUGACAAUUCCAAGCAGGCUCGUGACCUUGUUAGCGUGCUCCAGGAGGCCAAGCAGCAGAUCGACCCUCGCCUAGCUGAGAUGGCUCGCUACGGCGGCGGCGGCGGCGGCGGCGGCGGCCGUUACGGUGGCUACAGAGGCCGCGGUGGCCAUGGGCGUGGCGGCGGUGGCUAUAGGGGAGGCGCCAAUGCCAUUCCCAUGGGCAACAGCCGUUGGUAAACCGUCUCGCCACCUGAUGACUGUCUCGACAGUCGACAAAAUGGUCAUCCCCAGCCUGCUUCUAAGGCCUUUCUAGAAUUUCAACGGAGGCAUCCGUCCAGCACAGUCACGGCGUUCUUGUAGAAUGGUUCAAGGGGGGUUGGUUGUCUAGACGCUGGCACUUUUUUUUUCACUUUUUCUUUUUGCUUUACUAACCCGGUAAUUCCAAGUGUAUUGUUGUCAUUUUCUUUGUCAUUACGCGUUGCUGUAAGUAAGUACCUGAAGGAAAGAGGUAAGGAAGGGGUUUUCGGGCUCAAAGAGUUUCGCCCUUCACUUACCCAGGUACCUACGCAGGAAAGAUGCGCAUGCGCUGUUCUAUCUCGAAGGCAAGGGACGAAAAGUUAUUGGUCUUUGGUUCGAUCUGCUGCGAUCAACCGAAAUAGAGCUUCGGCUGCAGCAGCCACACUUCUUCUCAUGAGCUAGAUCACAGCCACCUCCAUACCUUUUUGAGGAUGGGCAUCAUUGAUAGGACACUGUCAGUUUUGAGACUCGACCUCUAUGGUUGAGCCUCCUGGAGUCUGAACUGAGAUAUCGAUCUGAAUGAUUGAGAGAGAAAGAAGUAAAGGAGGGAGGCAGCAAGAAAAUGUAGACUUCAA